AUGUCGACAAACGGCGAUAAAUUAUCACCCGUAGAAAUACAAGAAUUAAACAACAUUUCUAACAAAUUAAGAGUAUCCGCAUUGAGAUCGACAAAUGCCGCGAGAAGUGGUCACCCAUCCUCUUGUUCUUCCGUAGCGGAAAUUUUAGCAGUGCUUUUUUACAAAGUUAUGAAAUUCAGAUUGAGCCAUCCUAAAGAUCCUGCGAGCGAUCGAUUGAUUUUGUCAAAAGGACACGCAGCUCCGAUUCUUUACGCGGCUUGGGCUGAAGUUGGAUUAUUUCCGAAAGAAAAAUUAUUAGACUUGCGCCAAAUUUAUUCUGAUUUAGAAGGGCAUCCAACGCCGAGAUUAAAUUUUAUCGACUUUGCAACUGGGUCUCUUGGUCAAGGACUAUCAGUCGCCGUUGGAAUGGCUUAUGUGGGCAAAAUAAUCGAAAACAUGAAAUAUCGAAUUUUUUGUAUUAUUGGUGAUUCUGAAAGUUCCGAAGGUGCGAUAUGGGAGGCGUGUAAUUUCGCCAGUUUUUAUAAACUCAAUAAUUUAUGCGUGAUUAUUGAUGUGAAUCGUUUAGGACAAACCGGACAAACCCCUUUGGGUCACGACACGAAUGCUUACCAAAAAAGAUUUCAAGCGUUUGGUUUUAAUAGCAUCAUCGUGGAUGGUCAUAACGUUGAAGAGCUGAUAAAUGCUUUCGAAAAGGCAGAAAGUCAACAAUUGAAACCAACUUGUAUUAUAGCCAAAACGUUUAAAGGAAAACAUUUUUUAAAUUUGGAAAAUGUUAGUAAUUUUCAUGGGAAAUUAUUGGGCGAAAGAUUUGAUAAAAUAGUUGAACACAUAGAAUCUUUAAUUACUAAUAAAGGAAAAACUUUCUUAGAAAUACACGAACCUGAUUGGAUUUAUCCAAUACCUGAAAAUAAGGGCGCUAUUCAAUUAUCUAUUCCUCCUUGUUACAUCAACACCGAUUUUAUUUCCACGAGAGAAGCUUUCGGUAACGCUUUAAUUAAGCUAGCUCAAACCAGCGAAAGAAUAAUUUCUUUUGACGCCGAUGUCAGAAAUUCAACUUAUUCAGAAAAACUAAAAGAAUAUGAUGAAUCAAGACACAUUGAUUGUUUUAUGGCAGAACAAAACUUAGUUUCGGCAGCAAUAGGAGCUUGUUGUCGAACAAAUUUAAUCCCAUUCAUCUCAUCUUUUAGUUCUUUUCUUACAAGAGCUUUCGAUCAACUUCGCAUGGGUGCAGUAUCAUCUACUAACAUUAAAAUAUGUGGUACACACGCUGGAGUUAGUACAGGUGAAGAUGGACCAAGCCAAAUGGCCAUGGAAGAUAUUGCAAUGUUUAGAACGCUUCCCGGUUGUACAAUUUUUUAUCCCAGCGACGCAGUUGCCACAGAAAGAGCAGUUGAAUUUGCCGCUAACAUUCAAGGAAUGUGUUACGUAAGACUCACGCGACCUAAAAACGAAGUUAUUUACUCAAACGAUAGACAUUUCGCAGUUGGAGAAGCCCAAGUUUUAUUAAAACAUUCAGACGAUCAAGUAUUAUUAAUUUCCGCCGGAAUAACCUUAGUCGAAGCUUUUAAUGCUGCCAAAGAAUUAGAAAAAGACGGAAUUCACAUUCGUAUUAUCGAUUUAUUUACUAUCAAACCAAUAGACGCAAAUUGUAUUAAAAAGAACGCCAAAGAGGCUUUAGGGAAAAUUAUUACGGUUGAGGAACAUUAUCCUGAAGGUGGAAUUGGAGAAGCUGUUUUAUCUGCGGUUGCUGAUGAACCAAAUAUUUUAUUAAAAAAAAUUGCUAUUCCUAAAAUGGCAAGAUCUGGAAGACCGCGUGAACUUUUGGAUUAUUUUGGAGUAUCUACCUGUAAUAUUGUGUUGAUGAUUAAGGAGUUUUUAAAUAUAAAAACUGAUCUUGGAGAAUCAGAGGAAAAUGAAGCAUCGAAAAUAACUCAAACAACGGAAGCUGGAGAUACUAACACUAAUACAAUCGAAAAUUUAAAAUAA